UCCGGCACUUCCAUUGCAAUUGCCCUGUACCUAAGGCAAACCGUAGACGAUUGCCCACCUAAGGCUGGUAGGUACUAUGCCUGCCUUCGGUAGCCUGCAUAUCUCCAGGCCACCUUGCCAUCCCAACUUACACCCAGUCUUUCUAAGCCGCUGUAGAGGUGACGCCCAUCAUCUGACCCACCAACACACCUCAACUAUCCGUAUACAUCAUCGCCAGCUUCUGCAGCUUCUAAGCCAACCAUAGCCGCCUAGGCGCAAGAUCGUAUUUUUCUACGCAACAUACAGCUUUUGAUAUCUGCCCCCUCUGCAAACGCUCCAACCAAACUCUGCUUCCCCUGUCGUACAAACCCGACGCAAUGGCAAGACCAAUGAAUAAUCGACCACCGUCCUCACCCGCGACCAAUCCCUUCAGCGCAUUCGAGCUCUCCAUAGCAACCCAGUUGGAAAUCGGCCUACUCGUUCUUCCCCUCGCUCUUGCCGCCGCCAUCGUCCACGCUAGUGUCGUCAUCGUCUUGUUGAAUUUGUGGGCCGCCGUCAAACGACGACGCCGCGGCGGCUAUGCCGGUGGCAUGGUACCGCCGGCUUUCUGGAAUACGAACGAGAGGACGCCGACGGAUAAAGAAGAGGGGUUGUGUGAGCAGGGCCGGCCUUUACUUGGGGUUCAUCUUGGGAUCGGUAUGGGCUAUACUCAUGAAGACGAUGCUGAUGAUGCUGCGAAAGAGAAAGGAAUGCGGGUUCUUGGGAGGGUGAAGAUGAUGAGCCAAGGUGUUACCUCGGCUGUGCGGGUCGUGAUGACGGGGCUCAGGAGGCGGGUGUUUGCGAGGUGGUCUGCCACGUCGAAAGCGGAAGACAAUGACGUGGAGUUUGGGCUUGGCGGGGGAGACAACGGUGCUGGUGACGGCAUGAUCGGCUGGGGGUAUAGGAACAGGCGGGAAGCGUGGGAUUCAGCGAGGGGGGCCGCCGGCGUCGUGGGUUGGCUUGACCGGUAUUCCGGACCUGGGUCCGGGGCCAGUAAGUGUCUGAUGCGGAGAAGAGGGUCGUUACGGAAGUCCGCGGGGAUGGAGUGUCCAGUGUGAUGGGCUCGCAAGGUGGAGGGUUGUGUGUCCGGAGUCGGAUGUUGGUGUGAGGCGCCGGUUGAUAUACCACCGCUACCAGUAGUCUUGGGUUGAAUCGAUUCUGCUUUUUUAAGGUACCGGAAAGUCGACAGAAACAUACCAUAAGCUCUGAGCAAAACAAAGGAAACAUCGCA